AUGGAAAUGGAAAUGGAUAGAAAACCAAUAUAUUAAUUCAAUUUCAUGUCAAGCACGUUCAAAGCGGUGCCCAACCAUCCUGAAGAAAACGAAGAAAAAUCGAGCAAGAACAACGCCGUUGAUGAAUUUGGACUGCCAGAUGAACGAACCCAACAUUUUUCAAUUCCAAAUGGCAAUCAUGGCGUAUCUAGACUUUGAUUUCAUUCCUCUUACGACUUAUAAGUACCUGAGUUUCUUCAACCCAUCACGGGAAAAUGGCUAAGAAACACACCCGAUUGCAGAGGUUGAGAGUUUCUCAAUCGUCGGCUUGUUUCAAGGUCUGUUUCCAGCAGAUUCGAACCAGACCCACCGGCGAUUUGAUUAAGACUUUUCAGAAGGAGGAGCUAUUAGGGCAUGGGGCGGAUGAGUAUUGCACGGACAGUGCGAAGUCUGUGGCUGAGAUUGGUAAUCGAAUCAUGGUUGUGGUUGAUUCUAGUUUUGGGGGCAAAGGAGCUCUUGAAUGGGCUUUGUCUCAUGCUGUUCAAAAUCAGGAUUCUAUUAUUCUUCUUCAUGUUGCCAAGUCUUCAAAACAAGGCGUUGUGUUCGAUGAAAUGCUUGACAUGAAGGUUUAUGAAUUUCUUCUGUGUAUGAAGAAUAUGUGCCAAAUGAGAAGGCCAGGGGUUAAAGUGGAGAUGGAAUUCCUACAAGGGAAGGAGAUGGGUCGUGUAAUUGUGGAAGAAGCAAAGAAACAGCGAGUGUCUUUGCUGGUUCUUGGGCAAAGAAAGCAGUCACCAUUCUGGUCACUGGUAAAGAAGUUCAGUACAAACAAGAGAAGGAGUCAUGGCGGGAUUGUGGAGUACUGCAUCCAAAACUCUUCAUGCCCGACCAUUGCGGUGAGGAGGAAGAGCAAGAAACUAGGAGGGUAUUUGAUCACUACAAAAAGUCACAAGAAUUUCUGGCUUUUGGCUUGAACCUGUGUUAGAAUUUGUUCGUUUCAGCUGCCAUUGCUGUUUGUGCGGAGGAAAACAAGAUGGAAAUUGUGAGGCUUCUGAUAUUGUAAGUCUUAUUUGACCUCACUUUUUGCUUCUUUUAUGAUCAUGAGUGGCUGUAUUACUCAAAAGUAGAAACCCACAAAAAGAAAAUGAUGUGGAAAUUUGUAAAUGGAUCUUCUGUUUCCACUUUCUUGUUAUUUGAUCCAAGCUAGAUGAUUAUCAUU